AUGGAGUCCAAAAUGGAAGAAAUAAUAAGACGAUUAAAUACACUGCAAAUGGACCUCGAAUCUAGCAUUAAAUCAAAUACAGAGAGUGUGACCGAGAAUAUACAGAAGACAUUAGAUGAAAAAUUUCACAUAUUACAAGAAAAAUAUGACAAUUUAAAAGAACGAGUCGACAAUCAAGAAAAUCGCUUAUACUUUCUUGAAAAGCAAUCAAGACAACGAAAUCUUGUGUUUUUUGGCAUAGAAGACAACGAAAAUUCAUACGAAGAAUUAGAAACAAAAAUUAUCUGUUUUCUAAAACAAUACUUUGCUUUGGAGCUAAGCUAUAGCGACAUACAAUCAAUCAGGCGAGUAGGUAAACGGACCGAGAAGAUCAGACCCAUAAUUGUGACUUUUACAACACUCCAUACAAAAAUUCUUAUAUUAAAACAGAAGAAGAAACUAGCAGAUUCACAAUAUUACAUCAAGGAAGACUACCCUCAACAAGUCCUAAAAAUCAGGAAAGAGCUACAAGUUCAAGCGCAAGCAGAAAGAGACAAAGGAAAUAAAGUCAUAAUCAAGUAUGAUAAAUUAGUUAUAUUAAAAACCAACAAAGGGUCUAGAACAAACAACAAGAGGAACUUGUCACUAUCUCCACCAACCCGCUCCUCAAAUAACGCAGCGGGGACAGAACAAAUAAGCAAGAAGAAUAAAACUCUACCAGUCACUUCUCAUGCCGACACUGCAGACUGCUACAAGGAUAAACCUAAACAUAGAGCUUCGGGCACGGGGGAGGGAGUGGUGAAACCAGGCAUAUUAAACUUUUUCAGUCCUGUUCAGCCCCCACCUACAUCGCCACAAGACUUGUCGAACAAAUAG